GUAGAGAUGAAGCUGCUCCUGGCCCUGACAGGGCUCCUGGCCGUUCUGGCUGGGCCCCGGCCCUCUGAGGCUGCUGCUCCAGCUGCCCUGGGGGAGGUGGACACCUCGGUGGUUGUGACCUGCAUGGAGGAGGCGAAGCGGCUAGUAGACAAGGCCUACAAGGAGCGGCGGGAGAGCAUCAAGCAGCGGCUUCGCAGUGGCUUGGCCAACCCCAUGGAACUCCUGUCCUACUUCAAGCAGCCAGUGGCAGCCACCAGGACAGCUGUGAGGGCUGCUGACUAUUUGCAUGUGGCCCUAGGCCUGCUGGAAGGGAAGCUGUGGCCCCUGUUGUCAGGGCCCUUCAAUGUCACGGACGUGCUGACUCCCGCCCAGCUCGAUCUGCUGUCCAAGUCCAGCGGCUGCGCCUACCAGGACGUGGGGGUGAGAUGCCCCGAGCGGGACAAGUACCGCACCAUCACCGGGCAGUGCAACAACAGACGCAGCCCCACGCUGGGGGCCUCCAACCGCGCCUUUGCGCGCUGGCUGCCGGCAGAGUACGAGGACGGCUUCUCGCUGCCCUACGGCUGGACGCCCGGGGUCAAGCGCGGCGGCUUCCCGGUGCCCCUGGCUCGCGCCGUCUCCAACGCCAUCGUGCGCUUCCCCACGGAGCAGCUGACGCAGGACCAAGAGCGUUCGCUCCUGUUCAUGCAGUGGGGCCAGCUGAUUGAUCACGACCUCGACUUCACUCCUGAGCCGGCCGCCCGGGUCGCCUUUAUCAGUGGUCUUAACUGCGAGACCAGCUGCUUGCAGCAGCCACCCUGCUUUCCCCUCAAGAUCCCACCUAAUGACCCCCGCAUCAGGAACCAGCGAGACUGCAUUCCGUUCUUCCGCUCCUGCCCUGCCUGCACAGAGGGCAACAUCACCAUCCGCAACCAGAUCAACGCCCUCACCUCCUUCCUGGACGCCAGCAUGGUGUACGGCAGCGAGGAACCCUUGGCCAGGAAGCUUCGCAACCUGACCAACCAGCUGGGGCUACUGGCCAUCAACAAACGCUUCACUGACAACGGCCGGGCGCUGCUGCCCUUCGACAACCUGGACGAUGACCCCUGCCUCCUCACCAACCGCUCCGCGGGCAUCCGCUGCUUCCUGGCAGGGGACUCCCGCUCCAGUGAGAUGCCCGAGCUCACCUCCAUGCACACGCUCUUUCUGCGGGAGCACAACCGUCUGGCCACAAGGCUCAAACGCCUGAACCCCCGCUGGAAUGGAGAGAGGCUCUACCAGGAAGCCCGGAAGAUCGUGGGAGCCAUGGUCCAGAUCAUCACGUACCGGGACUACCUGCCGCUGGUGCUGGGGCCAGAGGCCAUGAGGAAGUACCUGCCCAAGUACCGCUCCUACAAUGACUCAGUGGACCCUCGAAUCGCCAACGUCUUCACCAACGCCUUCCGCUAUGGCCACACCCUCAUCCAACCUUUCAUGUUCCGCCUGGACAGUCGGUAUAAGCCCGUGAGGUCCAACCCCCGUGUUCCACUCAGCAGGGUCUUUUUUGCCUCGUGGAGGGUUGUGCUGGAAGGUGGCAUUGACCCCAUCCUCCGGGGCCUCAUGGCCACUCCUGCCAAGCUGAAUCGCCAGAACCAAAUUGUGGUGGAUGAGAUCCGGGAGCGGCUGUUUGAGCAGGUCAUGAGGAUCGGGCUGGACCUGCCUGCUCUAAACAUGCAGCGUAGCCGGGACCAUGGCCUCCCAGGGUACAAUGCCUGGAGGCGCUUCUGUGGGCUGCCACAGCCCCAAACAGUGGGCGAGCUGGGCACAGUGCUGAAGAACCAGGAGCUGGCGAGGAAGCUGAUGCAGCAGUACGGUACACCCAACAACAUUGACAUCUGGAUGGGCGGCGUGGCCGAGCCUCUGAAUGCCAAUGGCCGUGUGGGCCCGCUCCUUGCCUGCCUCAUCGGGACCCAGUUCAGGAAGCUCCGUGAUGGCGAUCGGUUUUGGUGGCAGAACAAGGGCGUAUUCAGCACGCAGCAGCAGCAGGCCCUGGCCAAGAUCUGCUUGCCGCGCAUCAUCUGUGACAACACGGGCAUCACCACCGUGUCCAAGAACAACAUCUUCAGGUCCAACACAUUCCCUCGGGACUUUGUCAACUGCAGUACACUCCCCACGUUGGACCUGUCUUCCUGGAGGGAGAGGGACUAGAGGCUGGGUAAGGGGUGCAGCCGUGAGGUGAAGGCUGGGCACACCUGGGCUGGCACCUGCAGCCACAGAUCUCCCCUCCCUAGGCGAGCCCACCCGUUUUGAGAGCCGGCCGAGAAAAUGAAUGACUAGCCAUUCAUUCAUAUGUGUGUGUGAGCAUGUGCAGUGUGCAUACUGUGCAUUAUGUGUGUGUUAUCUGUAGACGUGGGUAGCGUGUUGUGUGCUGUGUAUAUGUGUCAUUUAUGUGAGUGUCUGUUUGCUGUUUCUGUCAGUACUAAGUGUAUGGAAGCAGCAGAGCACACUGGCGAGGAGCACAAGCUCCGGAGCUGGACCGCUUGGGUUCAAGUCCCUGCUCUGCAGCUUACCAGC